AUGAACAAAUUAUUAUUAAUUUUAUCUUUCUUCAUCCUAUUAGUUGGAACUAACUUUGCAUUUUAUAUACCAAUGCCCUCCAUGAUGGGUAAGAUCUGCAAAGUUGAACCGAUGCAUGUCAAUCUGGAUACUGGUAACGUCGGUGCCUAUGAAAUUACACUCGAGAGGAUCGAGGCCAAUGUCGUACAGAGGACCGAAACGGCUGUACUUGAGAAAGGUGGAAGCAUUGGAUUGAACAACAAAGACAUUAUAUUUUACCAUCUUGGAGAGAGAUUAUUGGUAAACUACAAGUACGUUGUUGGAAAGUUGUCGACUUAUGUGUUCGAGACCUGUGACAACACCAAGUAUAUCGAUAUUCUCCCUAAUGUCCAAACUUCAAUUGUUUUUGGCCAGUACGACAAAGGUGUUCCAACUACCGCCUCCUAUAAUAUCUAUUUGAAGCCAAAAGUU